AUGCUGUGAACCAAGUUUGUUAUGUUGUCGCACACAAGUUCCACUCUGUGCCGUCAGUGACUGAAAAGACGGAGCGAAGCCAGCUCCACGCCUGCUGCUUAACUCUAACCUGCGGAGCCUUCAGGAGGCCAUAGCUGCUCAUUUCCUGGAUGGAGACGGACAGUCUGGUGACCGGGUCUGUGAACGGAGCCGGGGCGGACUAUGGCUCCUCUUCGGGCUCGGAGCACGGAGGGGCCCCUGGCAGGAGACGGAUGUCGUAUUCUGUCGCAGGGGAGGCGUGCAGCGUUGACAGUGGUGCAGAGGAUGACAAGCUCUACACCCAACAAGCUGUUGUCUUCAUUGAGGAUGCCAUACAAUACCGGUCCAUCAACCACCGAGUAGAUGCCAGCUCACUCUGCCUCUAUCGAUGGUACUACUCCCGUAUAUGCCAGUGGGGCUUGGGCCUGACAAUUGCAGUGUUGUUGUUGCUGGCCUUCGUGGAGCGUCCCUCCUCUUUGUCUGUCUCCUCAGACCCCCGACAUCGCUCCCCGUCUUGGGAGCCUCCUUGCGGCUUCACUGAGAGCUUCGAGAUGGUCUGCCUCAUUAUUUUCUCUCUUGACCUCACUGUCAAGAGCUACCUGAUUGGCUGGGAGGAAUUCAGGAAGAACAAAUGGCUAAUUGGCUACACUGUUGUCCUUUCAGUCUCCAUCAUCGACUGGAUGCUGUCUGUCAGCAUGGUGUGUGAUGAGAAACUGAGAGUGCGACGACUCCUCCGGCCCUUUUUCCUCCUGCAAAACUCCUCCCUGAUGAAAAAGACAUUGAAGUGCAUCAAGAGGACUCUGCCUGAGAUUGCUAGUGUCAUCCUGUUGCUGGCGCUCCACCUCUGCCUCUUCACCAUGAUCGGCAUGUUGCUGUUUGCUAAAACUGAGGAUCCGAAGAAGAACGGGGAGUGGGAGAUAUAUUUCAGAAACCUGCCAACGUCUCUUACCUCUCUGCUGGUACUUCUCACCACAGCCAAUAACCCAGAUGUGAUGAUUCCUGCCUACUCUCUGAACAGAGGAUACUCCAUUUUCUUUGUCACGUUCAGUGUAAUCGGAACCUACUGUUUGAUGAAUCUACUGACAGCUAUCAUUUAUAACCAGUUCAGGGGAUAUUUACUCAUGUCAGUCCAAACAUCAAUCAUCAGGAGACGACUUGGGAUCCGAGCUGCUUUCCAAGUCCUCAGCUGCCAAGGAGCCAAACAGUCCACUGAGGAGCAUGUUGGUGUUGAUUCGGUGCUGGAGGUGAUGUCCAGAGUCCAGAUGAAAAGCUACUACAAAGCAGCCAUUACUACGGAGGCACAGCAGUAUGCAGAAGCCGGCCAGAUGGAUCGAGAGCAGUUCAGAAAGAUAUUUGAUGAGCUGGAUAAAGAUCGAAUCAAGGAGCACCCUCCCUUGCCUCAGUACAACUCUCCAGUCCUGCAGAAGCUCCAGCUGAUCUUCAGUCACUACUAUCUCAAUAUACUUGGCAAUGCAGUGGCACUAGCCAAUGUCAUGUGCAUAUGUACUGUCCUUGUAUUAAACUCUGAAAUGUCCACAGCAGAGAGAGACACCUUCUUGUUGGAGAUUAUCAACCUGUGCUUCAUCCUCUACUACUUGUUUGAAAUGAGUGUCAAGAUCUUUGCCUUCGGUUGGAGAGGGUACCUCUCCUACAAGAACAACAUCUUUGAUGGCUGCCUUACCAUCCUGCUACUGGCUCUACAGAUCACUAUUUUUGUUACCUACUGGCUUCCUCAUUCAAAGUGGGAGAUGAUUCGUUUGGUCAACAUGCUGAUCGUCUUCCGCUUCCUGCGCAUUAUCCCAGAUAUCAAGCUCAUGGCUUUGGUUGCAAGCACUCUGUUGGACCUGGUGAAAAAUCUUCGAGCCUUUGCAGGGAUACUGGUGGUGGUGUACUAUGUGUUUGCUGUGUUUGGGAUCUGGCUGUUUGAAGGAGCCAUUAAACCUCCUCCAGAGAUGAGUGUGAUCUCCAAUACCUCCAUGGAUAACAUCACCUCUAACUUCAGUAUGGAGUGUGGCACAUAUGAACAGCUUGAAUACUGGCCAAACAACUUUGAUGACUUUGCUGCAUCCAUCAUGUUGCUGUAUAAUGUCAUGAUAGUUAACAACUGGCAGGCCUUCAUGGACGCAUACAGUAGAUACACCACAGAUUGGGCCAAGGUCUACUUUGUGUGUUGGUGGCUCACCUCCUCUGUCAUGUGGGUCAACUUGUUUGUGGCGCUCAUCUUAGAGAACUUCACCUACAAGUGGGACCGGAGCCACAGCUGCUCUGUAACAGAUGUUGAAAGAAUCCGGUAUGAAACGUCCGUCCAGCUUAUAUUCAAGGGGCAGAUCCAGGAGCCAACAGAGGAAGAGUUACUUUGUCAACUACACCUACAUCCCCACUUGCACCUACACUAGUGAGACACAAACACACACAGCACCAGCUCCAAUCUGCAGUGAAUAGCACUGAGAGGUCAAUGUUCCAUUCUACUUGUUUAAUUGAAUGUUUAUUAUAUGAAUAUGUUUCUUCUACUACUGAAGCUAGUAUGUUUUCAUAUUUUCAUGAGUAGAACCACUGUGAGCUGCAGUUUCAGUUGUGCAGGGGUCAGAGAAGCAGGAAUCGGUGUGUGGAAAUGUAACUGCUCCUUGUGUGUAUCACUACUCUACUGCUAUUUCUCAUUGUUAAGGACUCGCUAUUGCUAUUGUUUGCUUGAUAUUUUAGAUUUGGCAUUACAUUUGUCUCAUCAAAGUCUGGUGAAUGUGUUAGCAAAGAUUAUCUUGAGUACUGAUUCUUUAGAAGGACAAUAGCGUAUCGGGUGCUUGUUUACAAACACAAAAGGGAUUUUAUCUUAAGUCAUAAAUUAUGAAGCUUCACCAGCUUUUUAUCCAAUUAAAUCCUGAUCCAGGGACUUGAGCACAGUCAACCUACGACUUCCCUCCAAUGUGGCACAUGUUAUAGUUGUUUAAACUUUUUCAACACGAUGGAUCAUCCCAGGUGGUCCAGGGUGUUUGUUACUUUGCACUGCUGAAGAACAACAAUGACACACAAACAGAAAUUCUCAAACUUCUCAGCGUUAGAUUUUUUGCGAUUUGCUCAUUUUACAAUUUUUAAUUGGAGGUUGACUGCUUCACGAAACCCACUGGCUGUUCAGUCUCAUUAAACCAUGUUAACAAACAAUAUCCCAUUAGCUUGCUUGUUAUUAAAUUCAUCGCCACUUUGCUCACUUGCUAUAGUUUAUGCUGUUGUGCUCGAUCAUUAUCUUAGAUUUGUGAUCUUAAUGUUUUUGUUGACCUGCGAUGCACAAACACAAACACACACAUCAUAUUGAAAUCUGAUAACAGGUGUGUGGUACACCGUGCUGACAGUGCAACACUCGGAACCAAUAAAAACAAAUAUCAGGAUGCAAGUACAUUUAUGUUUCAUACUAAAAUGUUUUUGCAUACAGUUUAUGUCUUUUACAUAUACAGUAUUUCAUGUCUGGGGACAUUGUGCCUUUUGUCUAUCAAUGUGACUGUUAAUAUGUGACAGUCUCUCCGUAUAAAAAGGGAUAAGAUCAAGUGUGCUUUGUGCUAUUUAUAUACUAUUUUUGUAUUUUGAAUGUAAAAGACACUGGGAGAAAAUGUUCUGAUAUGUGACUUGUAGAUUGUACUUAAUUCUGCAUUUUAUCAACUGUUUGUGAAAAAUGGUCCCACAAUUUUAAAUAAAUAUUUUACUAUUUUACUAUUUAU